AUGGGAGUGAUAAAAAUUCAGGACAGAGCUUAUGUUUCUUUCAGAUAUGCAGGCUUAGUGACUCGCAGGCGGGUUUUGUGCUUGGUGCUUCUCUGCUGGGUCAUUUCAGUGAUCACCGCCUUCGGCCAGUUCAUCAUUUCCAACUCUUCUGAUACUUGGGGAAUUCCUGAGGACGACGAUACAGCUGGACUCGGGAUGGAUGAAUGGCCUGAAGUAAAUUACACCACCCCUGCCCUCCCUCCCAAACGGCCCUACCCCCAGGAUCGCUCUGUAAUCGGCCAGUUCUUGCCUUAUGGAGGUUUUCUAUCCAAGUUUCUGGUGGAGGACAAGGAGAACUUCACGUAUGCAGAGAUCCACGGCAGCCACUGGGGUGUCUGUGCCUCCGACACCAUGCUCAGUCCGGUUUUCCUUGUGUAUGUUUAUGCUAUCACCGUGUUUGUUGUUCCUCUGUUGGUUCUGUUGGCCGUGUAUCUGGAUUUGAUGUGCUUCAUGCCACAGCAGGUUCCUGCGAGCUCCACAUUUUCUCAGAAACAAAGCUCAGUGUGGUCUCGCUCCUUGGCUCUCUCUGUUUCUCUCCUGGUAAUGCUUUGCCUGCCCCUGCACAUCAACCACGCUUUGUUACUCUUCACCCCGAGUGCCACUAGACCCGGCUGGACCACUCUGACAGCCUCUGUUCUUUUCCAGAUGUAUAGCGUAGUGCCCCCACUCCUCUUCACCAACACCUCUCAGCAGCUAGGCAUGGAGUGCUCCUUGUUAUCCGUGCCCAACCUGACCUCAAGGGUUAUCACCUCUCGAGUCAAAUCUGUGGGGAGUGAUUUCCAUUCAGUGGAAGAUUACCGUCACCCUGGACCGACACAGAAAGGCAAAGGACCUCCAGGGAUGUGAUGUCAUAUGAAGAGGGCACUUACACCGAAAGUUAUCUGUAGAGUCCUUGCAUGGGUAAUGUGUAAUUAUAUUCAGCAGUUGAGUAAAACUAAUCCAAUAUUAGCUAAUGCCAGGCUUUAUUUGUAUUAGGGUCGGUCCAUGUAAUUUCAGAUGGAAUUAAGAAGUGUAUUACUGCUCAACUAUUUUGUUCAUACUUUGUGUUAUUUGAGACCUAAAACAUAAGUAUUUAUGGAAUUUUCAUAUUUUUUUGGCCCCCUUAAAUUAUUGUAGACCUACAUGCCACAUUUCUCCUAGUAGUCAUUAGUUACAUUUAAAUGGGCACAUUUUUCUGUUCGCAAUGAAUUCAUUCCGGUUAAUGAUUCCAAACUCUAUUGUUAUUCGUAUCUGCUAUUUGAAACUUCAGGAUAGAUAGUGAGAUCUACAUAUUCUGUGUCUUAUACUGUGACAAAUAGAUUUAAACCAUCAGUUUUGUACACCACAAAUGUAAACUGCAUCUUACCUCUUUGUUUCCUUCAGAAAAACAAGCCUCUUCUGUGAGACAGAUUCUCAAGCACAUUAACAUAAUGCUGACAUUUAAUCACAUAAAUGACAUUUUGAAAUUAAAACAGGAAAAUCUGCAAAAAGGUUACAGUUUUCCAGCAAAUUUUCAUUUGUGCAACAUAAUGAUCAAAUGUAAAAACAUUUUUGAUGUUGCAUUCAAAAUCCACUUGGCUCAAAAAUGUACACAGUACAGUGCUGAACAUGUGCAGAACGUCAGGAAACAAACUGAUGGAGUGUUUACAUGUCUAGGCUAAUAUUAUUAAAGGUUUACACCAGCUAUUUCAAUCCAAAUUAAAUUUAAAUCGGAUUUGGUCUGUUUAUUCUAAUUGGCGUAAUUACAUGAGACAUUUUUAUUCGGACUUGGCUAAAUGAGUGAAUAAAAUGAGCAAAAUAUUGUACCAAACCUGACUAAAAUGUUAACAUAUCUCAUUCUAUUCAUGGACUUACAAAUUUGACAAAGUCAAUCAAGACUGGUUCAAAUAUCAAAACACAUUUAUUUGUAUUCUUGGUUUUGUUUUUAUGAUUAAGGCCCCAAUAGAGUACCUCAGGGAUGACGUGUUUUUGUAGGCCAACCCGUAAGUUAGCAGCGCACGGGUUCCCUCGAUCGAAAGCCUAUGCAUUUUUCCCAUAGACUUUUGGAAAAUUGCAAAAAAUAAGCUCUGUGUUUAACAAAGGGUUAUGACACUUACACGUUUUGUCUAUCAAGAUAAUCUUCAUUAUCUUCAUCAUGUUGUGAAGUUAACACAACAUUUAUACAUUUUGAAGCCUAAAUAAAGUCGUCAGAUAUAAAAAGCUAACAGUAGGCUAUAAAUGGACUACAGCACACCAUGGUCGCGGAUCAACGUCACCACCACCAAGCUUCCUCAAACUUUAUUUAAAAACAUGCUCGCUGAUUAUGAUCUGCGCUGUGUAUGAAUACUUUUCCACUUUUUCAUGAGAAAUGCUGUCCAAAUGUCCUGUUUGUCAUGAUGACGUCUAAAGUCCCCGCCAAAGGAAGUAGUCCCUUUUAGCAAUUUGUUAGCAACCGCCGUUUUUAAGACACAAUAAAGGUUUAAAAAAAAAAUCACAAGCGGGUUAUAACUGGUGUGUUUUAUGUCAUAGAUCAAAACAUGAAUAUAUUUAGAGGCUUUGUUAACCACAGACCUUAUUUCAGGCGAUUUAGCAAAAACCCAUUCAAAAAACCCAUAGACUUUAGGGCGAUGGAACCGGAAGUCCUAAAAUGUUAACUCGCUUCCGGGUUUUGCCUACAAAAACACGUCCUCCCUUAGGUACUCUAUACCACCCAAGUCUAAAAAGUUUUUUUAAACUUUAGGGGCCAAUUAUGAAGAUAUUUGAACUCAGUGGGAACUCUGAAUCAAUUGACUGUUCGCAAAGACCCGCCCCCUUUAGUUACUGUUGCUCAUGCCGCUCUCACACCACACAUCAUGUUCUCACGCAGUGAAAAAUACAUCGCGGAGCAAAGAGGACACUGACAACGCGUCGACAGACAAGACAGAGCAGGUUACUUUUGAUAUGAAACAAAGUCUUAAAUUUCAAAUUUUGUCAUUUUAAAGAAAUUUAAACAAUAAAUACCGUUUUCGUGGCUCUUUAAUGUGUCGUGACAGAUCGCUGUAGUGCUGCAGUUCAAGCGGCUCGUGAACCGAUCAUCUCUUCCUACUAGUUCAUUUAUAGCAUCAAAUAAACAUGAAUGAACAUCAUAAGGAAUGUUGUUUCAAGCACAGAAAGAUGUCAGUAAUGUUACACACACCAUUUUUCAAAUUCAAGUCCACCGACUUUAAUCUACUAACUCCCCUGAGUGCUUUGUUGGACAAAAUGGCGGAUUCGGCGUUAUGAUUGGUUAGAUCGCCUGUCAAUCAAACCCCUGGCGAAGGGUCAAUUGGAUUUGAAGGAAUAAGUUUGUCUAUGUAUCUACCAAUUCCCACAAGCCUAUCAAUGCUAAUUCUUGAGUUAUCAUAUCUUAAACAUGGCUUCCCUGAUAAGAGUUUUUGGCUUGGAAAUAAUGAAUACUUCAGGGGGCUGAAAAAAGAUUGUUGCAAUAAGCAAGAACUAUUUGUCAUACCUUAGUUUUAUGUUAACAACAAAUAAGCAAGGCAUGAACAAAAUUGGCCCUUUCUGAUUGGACAUGUGAUUAUAAAGCACUUUGUAAAUGUGUUAUGUUGCAAAAAUGGUCCAAUAAAUAUUGCAUUGCUGCCAUGUUUAAUCCCAGUGAUACUCCAGGAUUAAAUGGUAAAAUGAUUUAACCAACAAUCUCAGAAGACUGUUAUAUGAAUACAUUAAUAAGUUUGCAUACUUAUGCAUAAUUAAAUAUAGUAUAUCAAAAUGUGUCCCAUCAAUGUUCAAACCCAGCACAAGCUUUUGGUUUGAUCUGAAUGUUUAAUUAUAACAACUAUAAUAGCAUAUCAAGUAGGAGAGACCAUUUAAAUGCAUCGAGAUAAUUAACCACUCAAUAACUCCCAGGGAAAACAGGAUUCCAUAGCUGUUUUGAUUAAAUGCGUACUUCUUAUGCGCAGCUCGAAUAAAAGCCCUGUUUCACACUAAUUGGAUUAUUCUUUUUGCUCACUUGUGCCAGUGCUAGUGUAAGAAAUGACUCCUUUUGUAUCUGAAUAUUUGUGUUAUGAUCUUCAUUUCUUCUUCUCCCUCCUCACUCCCCCAAUCCACCCAUUAUUCAUCCAAGUUUCAAGCAUGAAAUCCUCCAUCUAAUGUUACUUUCGCUCCUCACUUUGUCUUUGUAUAGCCCUGACUUUGAUUUGUCUGGCGCUUUUUCUUUCUUGAUCAUUGUCUUCCACCCAUUUUUCUCGCAAAUGCUUUUCUCUCUCAUUAAAGUGCGCACUAACCUCCAAUGUCGAGGUGAAUUAUUGAGUGAAGUUGGACUGUCAAAAAGGAAAAACAAGUAAAAGCUUUCCCUAACCGAGAGCUCAUUCGAUUGUUCUCUUCGCUCGAGAGCCUUUAGCUUCCUGCCGAAAUGACAAACUUUCAUCACUAAAGCGGCUUCAGUCAAUUCAUCGCACCUGCUCUAGUCCACAUCCUCUUGAAUGGGGUCAUUACAAGGAGCACGGAAGCUUCAAAUCCGUCAUGCAGAGAACGUAAUGUUCAUCGUCCUUGGAUAAAGCUGAAGGAAAGUUUGAUGCGCUGUUUGACCAGCAUAUGGUUUAUUUACCCAUGGAUCUGCCUUUGAGAUGUCAGCCGAGGUCCAAUAAACAAAAUUACAAGAGAUUGAUGAAGUUCACAUGAAGUCUAUAUGGCUGUCAUUUUUCAUUUGAACUCUGCGUUUGGAGUUUGUCGGCUCACUGAAGCGUAACUCGCUUCUCAGAAGCCCCAAAAUUAGCAACUCGUCUCAUCUGAUCGUGCUUUGUGAAGCAUUAACUCAUACUAAAAGGAAAUUGCUAGCAUAUGUCCUUCUUUAUCUAAGGAGCUGCUCAAAGCAAGCAGAACAGCAGGUAACGCAGGGUGCGCUUUGAUUGCCAUGUGACAGUUACUGUUUAUGACAGGUUUCUGCAGAGCCUCUCCAUCAAUAGAGGACAAACACAUCGAUCAGUCAUCCUCCCCUCGACUUUAAAAUCUAAUCCCACCCCUCCCGGAGCGCUCAGCAAGUGACUUCUGACACAAUCGUAUAUUGAUUGCAGUGGAAUAAUGGAGGUGUACUAUUUUAAUGCACCUGCUCUCUCUCUCUCUCUCUCUCUCUCUCUCUUCGGUGUCUCUGCUCUUUUGUCAUAAGAGUCUUAUGAUUCAUCAUCUCAGUCAUACAGCUUUCAUCUCUGCUGGCUGCUUCUGCUAAUUAAAAUAUCCUCCCCUUUUUCCUCGCUGCUUUUCUUUAUUGCCGCUGGUGAAACUUGAUUGUGUCAGCUUCUCGAAGUCAGAAAAUCAGUCUUUCACGCGAGAUUCUUUAAGUAUUUUUUAUUUUUUCGUGCUUGGUAUCUUUCCCCUAUAAAGAUGUACAGUUAGCUAUAUCAACAGCGACGCGAAGACUAUAAAAUAAACAGGAAGUGAAAGACAAAGAGGAGACGUGAAAGACAAAUAGGGAGAAAGACACAAAGAGGAUCAAGAAGGAAGGAAGAGAAUGAAAGAGGAGAGAGAAAAGUGGGUACACAGCUGUUUCUACUGAUAAAACUAAAGCAUGGGAAGUAUACAAUUUAUAACAUUUACAAUUAUAAUAACAGUAAGAAUAAUAAUAAUAAUAACAAUAACAACAAUCAUAAUAGUCCAAAUAAUAAUUAAUAAAAACAAUUAAGACCUCCGAUAUCUUUUAAAGACAAACGAAAUAUAUAUUUUUGUGAAUUUUGAUUUUUUUUUUUUAAAGAUGACGUAACAGUAGUUUGUUCAGUUUUGCACCUCUAAGCUAAUAUUCUGUGUUAGUACGAUAGCAUCGCUUGGUAAUGCGCGCAAAAGUAAAUGUUUUUUUUUUUCUUAAAAGAGUCAUUUAACUUACUUUGUAGACUUUUUCAUACAAAUAAUGACUUUAGAGAUAUGUUUCAUUGUGUAAGUGUUUUCGUGUUGAGCAAUCAAAAAAAAAAUAUUGAAAUUUCUGACAUGUUCUCUACAAACUCCCUUCCUGUUUUUUCUCACCCAAGUCGAACUCCUCGCGGUUCCACGUUCCCAAUGACUCUUU